CUCUGUAAGAGUCACAUGCUUCAGACAUCUUUGAAAAGAAUCUUCUGAGGCUUCAGCAUCUUAUUUGAGUCUCCUGAAUCUCACCUAUCACUGGGUUGAAUUCUCAUCCAUCACAAUGAGCAACAAAUUCCUAGGCACCUGGAAACUUGUCUCCAGUGAGAACUUUGAUGAGUACAUGAAAGCUCUGGGUGUGGGAUUAGCCACCAGAAAACUGGGAAACUUGGCCAAACCCAGAGUGAUCAUCAGCAAGAAAGGGGAUAUUAUAACUAUAAGAACUGAAAGUCCCUUUAAAAACACAGAGAUCUCCUUCAAGCUAGGCCAGGAAUUUGAAGAAACCACAGCUGACAAUAGAAAAACAAAGAGCACUGUAACCUUGGCAAGAGGCUCACUGAAUCAAGUACAGAAAUGGGAUGGCAAAGAGACAACAAUAAAGAGAAAGUUGGUGGAUGGAAAAAUGGUGGUGGAAUGUAAAAUGAAGGAUGUGGUCUGCACCAGAAUUUAUGAGAAGGUCUGAGAAAAGUUUUCUUACUGAAGUGAUAUUUGAUCAUCUGAUAUUGGAAAUCAUGUUUCCAUCGGCAAGGCCUGCCUACACUACAGUUUGUUUUUGCUCUUGUCUUAAUAGAUCAGAUAAGCAAAGUCUUACACUGAGGAUUAAUCUAAAUUUCAGUAUUAUUUAAACAUUUUCAAUUUGUAUGCACGUUUACUAUAUUAAAGAUUAAAGUAUGUAUAUUGGCCAGACCUAAAGAAUGGAUAAUGUCAUUUAAUUAUCUGUUAUGUUCUAACUUAUGUUGUAUUUUAAAUAUUUGCAAUGAUAGUAAAAGGAAGUAAUAAGAUAGUAAAAGGAAGUAAGUAAAUUGAUCAGGAUAGCAAGCUCAAAUGCUAGUGAUGGGGGUUAGAGGAUCAGAAGUGAGGCAAACUAUAAGAAGGAUCUGUUUUUAAAUGAGGAGUUCUAGCUUCAGCUAAAAAUAGCAGCCACUACUCCAACCAAUUUAAAAAUUGAGCGUUAAUUUACAGGCAAGAUCAGGUGUGUUCAGGGUGGUGUGAUCAUAGACAAGGUGGCUAAUUUAUAGACAGUGAAAUGAACAGAUAUUAUAGAGUUCAAACCAUUGUGACGAAUGUGUGCACUCAUAUAAUUCACAUCCUGAUUGAGAUAUAGCACAUUUCCCUAAUCCCAGAAUGUUUUCUCAUGCUUCUUCCCAAUGUCCUGUCCUGUCCCAGCUCCAACAGAAGCAAGUAGUGAUUUAGUUUCUAUCACCAUAGAUUAGUUUUGCCUGUAAUCAAACUUGAUACAAAUGGAAUCAAGCAUUAUGUGUUCUUUUCUGUUUGCUUUUUAAAAGUCAGCAUAAUGAUUUAAAAAUUCAUUCAUAUUGUUGCAUGCAGCAAUAAUUUGUUCCUUCUUAUCAUGGAGUAAUAUUCCAUUGUAUAAAUAUAUCACAGCUUAGUCAUCCGUUCGUCUCUUAAGACAAUAAGCUAUUUCCAGGUUUUGGCUUCUAUGAAUAAAGCUGCUAUAAACAUUCUUGUA